GGUGGCAGAUUUACUGAAGAGAAUAAGAUGAAGACAAAUUUGGUCUAGAAUUUGGAUUUUCAAUUCUCCCACUUUGUAUAUAUAUAUAUACUCUCUUGGUGCUGCUCAAGAGAGUAAGUAGUAGACACAGUAGUAAGUACAGUACUAAUCUAAUUCACUCUCAAAUUCUCUACUGCAUUUAACAGAAGCUGGGAUUUGCCGAGUAUUAUUAUUGAGAAGCAUGAAUAAUUUGGAAUGCAGUAGUGAAUGUGAAUCAGGUUGGACUAUGUAUUUAGAGCAUUCUUUGGUCUCUCUAAACCCCUGCAAGAGCAAUGGUCAGUUUAGCGAUUUUGAGUGCAAUUACAACCGGAAGGUAAUGAAAGAAGUUUAUGCUGUAGAAAAAGAAGAAGAGGAAGACUUGUCAAUGGUUUCUGAUGCUUCUUCCGGUCCUGCACAUUUUCUUGAACAUGAAGAUUACUGUACUGAAAAUGGAAAUUUCUCUGCUUCAUCGUCUUCUUUGAAGAAUAAAAGCAGUAAAAGGCAGAAGAAAAUUAGACAAAAACGUUCUUCUGAUUCUCUUCUCGACGAUACUGCUAGUUCUCCUAUGAGUCCUAUCUACAGCUUCUCCAAGAACAGUAACUUCACAUUCACCAACAAAAAGGUUUCCAUAGAUCAUCUUCUUGGUUUCUCACAAGACUUCAUCACAACAACUCAUUUAAAGGAAAAAUCAACAUUGGGGAAGAGUUUUGGUACUCUGAAAUCUUCUUUGCCAGGAAAAUAUCUAAAACAGAACCAGUAAGUUGCAGUAAAGCCUGUGGGAAUAAUAAUAAGGCAUGGUGAUCUAUUAUCUCUCAAUCUCUUCCACAACUAGUACUGCUGUUGCUCAGAGAGAAGGAUGGGUUUUUUCGUAAGAGAAGAAAAAGAAAGUUUAGUGACAGAAAGUGAUCUUUAAUGUGUUCUCCUCCUUUUAACUGUUAUCCUUCUUGUUUUUCUUCCUUUUCCACUAUUAAUGUUGUGGGGAUGGAACACUACUAGAGAUACCUCAGGCAAAUAAACUCAACUUUAAUCUUUCUCUAAGUUUUCUAGUUAUCCAAAAUCAGCAGAUAAAUGGGUUUAUGCUAUGAUCUAAUGUCAAUUUCUCCUAAAAAUAGAUAAGAACAAAGCUACUUAUCAGAACAAUCAUGUAAAAGACUUUUGAAAAGACAAUAACUCCAGGUUCUAGGUCCAUUAAAGAGAAAGCAAGAAUUGGGCAUGCUAUUUUGGUAAAGGAAAAGAAUUUAUGAUAUGAUAAAUGAGAAGAAGAAUGGUGGUGGUGAUGGGCAAUAAGAUUGAGAGUGCAGAGAUGACAAGAGAAGUCCAAAAAUUGAUGUUGGAAUAUCUUAUACACGAUAGGACCUUUUAGAACCUGAAGAUCCUGUCCAAGAUCUUCCUGAUACAAUACAACAUGCUUAAUAAUAACAUGUUACAUGAUGUAUCACUGUCUCUUCUGCAA